AUGGCUGAGGAGAGGAAGAGCAAGCGGAGGGUCCGAACCACCUUCACCACAGAGCAGCUGCAUGAGCUGGAGAAGCUCUUCCGCUUCACCCACUACCCAGACAUCCACGCCCGCAACCAGCUGGCAGCCAGGAUCAACCUCCCAGAAGCUCGGGUGCAGAUCUGGUUCCAGAAUCAGCGAGCCAAAUGGCGGAAGCAGGAGAAAAUGGGCAACCUUGAGGUCCCGCAGCAGCCAAGUGAGGCGGACGUGGCCCCAGCCACACAGCUGGAUGUGGCCGGCCCCCUGCUGCCGCCCCCUGCGCUGUCCAGGCUGGUGCCUCCCCCGGGGUGUUAUCCACCGGAUCAAGGUCAGCUGGCCUCUGCCUGGUUUCCUGCUGGAAUCACUCUCCUCCCACACCACCCAUGGGAGACACCACCUCUCCCGGGCCCUGUCAUCCUGCAGACCUGCGUCCCCGCCCUCUGCUUCCUUCCACCUCCACACCCCAGAUGGGGCAGCAUCUGCGCCACCUCCACAUAGGGA